AGUUGCAAUAUGUAAUCUUCUUCUUUCGAUACCCAAAUUUUAAAUCCCGUUUUUUUUUUUGGGUACCUUUUAUAAUUGUCAGUGGCACUGACAUGGGUUUUUUGGGUACUAAUAUAUUUCGUGGGAAAUGUAACAAGAAACCAUAUAACAAAUUGGGAGAAACGGAUUUGAAACGCGUUCACAUUUGAAACUCCAUUGCUCGGAGGUUCUUCACUCUCCCCUUUUGAUGCUUCUUAAAUGUGCUAAAACAGUCGCCACCGGCAUCUUUGCUAGCUCCGGCGGCGAGAGCUUGGUGGAUCUCUGUCUUGAUCAUGGCGGCGGCCACCGCACUGAGCAGAGCUUUGUUUCUAAUGGGGUUUCUUCUAUUUCUUCAGCUGCAGCUUCCUGAAACAAUGGCGGAUUGUCCCUUGGAUUUGAGUGGAUCAAACUUUACUUUAGUUGCUUCUAUUUGUUCUAACCCCAACGAAAGAGGGAAGUGCUGCCGCUAUAUCAAUGCAUUUGUUGCAGUUUCUGUGGCUCAGCUUGCAAAUUCAACUGGUGAACUAGGAGUUUCUUCAAACUUAACCAACAUUUGCCUGCAAUCCAUAUCUCAAACCAUGGAACUCUAUGGAGUUCCUAGAAAUGCCAUGGUUUUCUGUGGGGUUGGAACGAAAAUUCCAGUAAACUACGCGUGUAGAGGCCGAGAAACCGUCACGCAGAUGCUGGAAUCUCCGAAGUUCACGAAAGUUGGGGAGAAUUGCAGAUUGCUGCUAUCAGAGGAGAGUGCUUGUAGGAAGUGUAUCAAUGCUGGGAUUUUAUAUCUCCGCAAUCUUAUUGGAAGAGAAGAUAAUAUAACAUUGAAUACCUGUCGUGAUGCUACGUUUGUUGCACUUGCUAGCCAACUUGAUGCUGCUUCAGUGAUUGAUCUUGCAAGCUGCUUCUUUGGAGUUCAAGGUCUUAACAGGCCUCCAGCUCCACCUCCAUCUUCGGCUACCCUGGAUAUUUCCCCAAGUCCAUCAGCUGCUGCAAGUCCCGGGCCACUGGCGCUAGGUGUUUCUGAUGGUAAACGUCGUCGACAUCAUUCCUACCAUGUAACAUUAGUGGCAGGUAUUGGCAUUGCAGUGACUGUAGCUUCUGUAAUGAUGCUGGUUGUCUUGAUUGUGCUGAUCCGAAGGAAAAGCAGAGAGCUAAAGGAUUCCGAGAAGACGGAUGCGAACUCUUCAAGAUCCUUCCCUUCUCGUCCCAUCAAAAAGUAUCAGGAAGGACCUUCCAUGUUUAAAAAGUUCAGCUAUAAGGAGAUCAAGAAGGCAACAGAUAGUUUUAGUACAACAAUUGGACAAGGAGGAUACGGGACUGUUUAUAAAGCUCAAUUCAGUGAAGACUUAGUGUUAGCUGUGAAGAGGAUGAACAAAGUCUCCGAGCAGGGGGAGGAUGAAUUUGGCAGAGAAANCUACCUCGAAUCCCUCUUCUCCUACUUAGAGUAUAGUGUGAUUUCAAUUCUCAUGCUCAUUUCAGCUCCACCUCCAUCUUCGGCUACCCUGGAUAUUUCCCCAAGUCCAUCAGCUGCUGCAAGUCCCGGGCCACUGGCGCUAGGUGUUUCUGAUGGUAAACGUCGUCGACAUCAUUCCUACCAUGUAACAUUAGUGGCAGGUAUUGGCAUUGCAGUGACUGUAGCUUCUGUAAUGAUGCUGGUUGUCUUGAUUGUGCUGAUCCGAAGGAAAAGCAGAGAGCUAAAGGAUUCCGAGAAGACGGAUGCGAACUCUUCAAGAUCCUUCCCUUCUCGUCCCAUCAAAAAGUAUCAGGAAGGACCUUCCAUGUUUAAAAAGUUCAGCUAUAAGGAGAUCAAGAAGGCAACAGAUAGUUUUAGUACAACAAUUGGACAAGGAGGAUACGGGACUGUUUAUAAAGCUCAAUUCAGUGAAGACUUAGUGUUAGCUGUGAAGAGGAUGAACAAAGUCUCCGAGCAGGGGGAGGAUGAAUUUGGCAGAGAAAUCGAGCUGCUUGCGAGAUUACAUCACCGACAUCUCGUUGCUUUAAGAGGCUUUUGUGUCGAAAAGCAUGAACGGUUUCUUGUGUAUGAGUAUAUGGCUAAUGGAAGCUUGAAGGAUCAUCUUCAUGCUCCUGGCAGGACCCCUCUAAGUUGGCAGACAAGAAUCCAAAUCGCCAUCGAUGUCGCUAAUGCUCUGGAGUACCUUCACUACUAUUGUGAUCCCCCACUGUGUCAUAGAGACAUUAAGUCCAGCAACAUUUUGCUGGAUGAGAACUUUGUUGCUAAGGUUGCCGAUUUUGGCCUUGCACACGCUUCAAAGGGUGGUUCGGUUUUCUUUGAACCCGUUAAUACCGAUAUCCGGGGAACGCCAGGUUAUAUGGAUCCUGAGUACGUUAUCACGCAAGAGCUUACUGAGAAAAGUGAUAUAUACAGCUACGGCGUGCUACUUCUGGAAAUAGUUACAGGCAGACGGGCGAUACAAGACGGGAAGAACUUGGUUGAAGUGUCCCUAGCGUACAUGAUUUCAGAUUCGAGGAUAUCCGAACUAGUAGAUUCAAGUAUCAAGAGUUCUUUUAAUUUGGACCAACUUCACACAGUGGUGUCAAUUGUGAGAUGGUGCACUGAGGGAGAAGGCAGGACGAGGCCUUCGAUUAAACAGGUGCUUCGUCUAUUGUACGAGAGUUCGGACCCGAUGCAUCAAGGGCUCAUAGAAGCUGUUGACGAUGAAGAAUAUGGAGGCAAUGAAGGGAGGCAGAGCAUGAGCAAGAGAAAGAUGCAUAAAAGUGAUGUGAUUUUUCAGUGUGGAGAUGGAAGGUACCUUGCUUCUUCAUCAAGCACAUCUAGAUCAUAUUGUAGUAGAAGCUUUUUGCUUGAAACUGGUUCACCACAGUCUCCUCCCAAUAUUUUGUCUGUCUCAGACCAAUUAUUUUAGAUAACUUAAGCUCUGUACAAGCGAUCCAACGUUAGUACCUUAAAUAGUUAGUACCUUAAAUAUUGAACUAUGCUCGUAUUAGUAUAGAAAUCUGAAAAUUCUUUAAUAAGAUGCAA